GCGACCCCGGGAGCCGUUAUUGCCCGGGUCACGCGCCCGCCCGCCCGCAGCUGGAGCCGCGACCAUGGAGGAGUCUGGCAUGUCUCAUGAAUCAGCAGAGGACUUAUUUCAUUUUAAUGUAGGGGGCUGGCAUUUCUCCGUUCCCAGAAGCAAACUCUCUCAGUUUCCAGACUCCCUGCUGUGGAAAGAGGCUUCAGCCUUGACCUCUUCAGAAAGCCAGAGGCUAUUUAUCGACAGAGAUGGUUCCACAUUUAGGCACGUGCAUUAUUACCUCUACACCUCCAAACUCUCCUUCUCCAGUUGUGCAGAACUGAACUUGCUGUAUGAACAAGCAUUGGGUUUGCAGCUGAUGCCUUUGCUGCAGACUCUAGAUAACCUGAAGGAAGGGAAACACCAUCUACGCGUGCGGCCUGCAGACAUACCUGUUGCAGAGAGAGCAUCUCUGAACUAUUGGCGAACAUGGAAGUGUAUUAGCAAACCCUCAGAAUUUCCAAUCAAAAGCCCAGCCUUCACAGGCCUACAUGAUAAGGCGCCUCUGGGGCUCAUGGACACACCCCUGUUAGACACAGAAGAGGAAGUGCACUACUGCUUCCUGCCACUAGACCUGGUGGCCAAGUAUCCCAGCCUAGUGACUGAAGACAACCUGCUGUGGCUGGCUGAGACAGUGGCCCUCAUCGAGUGCGAGUGCAGCGAGUUUCGCUUCAUCGUGAAUUUUCUUCGCUCACAGAAGAUGUUACUGCCGGAUAAUUUCUCUAAUAUUGAUGUAUUAGAAGCAGAAGUGGAAAUUCUGGAAAUCCCUGCACUCACGGAAGCUGUAAAGUUGUACCGGAUGAGCAUGGGCACUGUGGGAGGUGUGGGAAAUGCACAGUGCUUCAGUCAUCUCACCCUCCCCCAAAUUUCCUCAUCACCUCACCUCAAAACCCCCGGCUACUGUGCUUGCUUCUGCUUAUUCCUGACACUUGCUAACCGCUAUCUAGCCCAGGUCUUCGUUCGUGCUCCCAGCCCUACCUCAUUUCAGCUUGUUCUUCCCUUCACGGUUUUCACUGGGGCCAUUCAUCAUUCCAUUUCCCAACUCCACCUCCAUGGAAGCUACUGUGCAUGUUGUAGGGCACCAGCUACCUGAGCGUGGCUUCAGCCGGCAUCCUGAGAAUGUGUAGAACUCCAUUGCACAUGGGAAGCUUCGCCUGGGCAUCACCAGACAUUUCUCCCAUGGCAAUCAGGCCUUUCCUUAUCUUCAGGUGUAGAUUUCCCAGCCUUCUCCCAGACAAUAGAAACCUGUCCUCUUCACUGGGCAUGGUGGCUCACGCCUGUAAUCCCAGGACUUUGGGAGGCCAAGGCAAGCGGAUCACUUGAGGUCAGGAGUUCAAGACUAGCCUGGCCAACAUGGUGAAACCCCAUCUCUACUAAAAUACAAAAAUUAGCCAGGUGUGGUGGCGUGCACCUGUAAUCCCAGCUACUUGGGAGGCGGAGGCAGGAGAAUUGCUUGAACCCGGGAGGCAGAGAUUGCAGUGAGCCUAGAUCGUGCCACUGCACUCCAGCCUGGGCAACAGAGCAAGAGUCCAUCUCAAAAAACAAAAAAAAGAAAAGAAAAAGAAACCCAUCCUCUUUGUAGGGAGUGGCAUGCUGCAGCAGGUCUCAGGACCCUGUCCCAGGGCCUUAUAAUCCACUUAAGGCGAUAUGAGUUCAGUCCCUUCCUUCAAAGCCUUCUGUGACUCAGAGAACAUAGAUCAUUGUGAAAUGGUAGCGCAGUGCUUGCUCCACAGAGCAAUGCAAAGAUUGAGAAAGUGUGUUGACAGCCAGGCUCUGGAAGCUGGCAGCACUCCUCAAACACAGAGUGGCUUUAGCCUUCUACAAAGCAUCACAACUAAGGGAAACAGCUGCGGUAACCUUGGAGAUGAACAGAGCUGACCUCAAAUCCUAGCCCUUCCCCUGCCUAGCUUUGCAGUUUAGGGCAAGAUACUUCAUUAGCCACUCAGCAGUUUCUUCAACGUGAAAUGAUGAUAGCACUACCCCCUCUUGUGGGGUUGCUCUGAGGAUUGGAGAUGAUCUACGAACAUCCCCCAGCAGUGUGCCCGUUGGCACAUCAUUGCCACUGGAGGAGAGUCCUGAAGGCUCCUCCAGAAAACUGUGUUCUCUGGACUGUACCCUGGGCCCACAGCAGGACAAAAAGGUCCCACCCAUAAGCGAGCAAUCCAAAUACCCACCCUGAAAGUAAUACCACACAAUAUGUCUCUGGGGGAAAUUCUGCCCCGGAGAGUCAGUAAUAGGGGCUGUGAAUCCAGAAAGCCUGUAGCACUCAUUGAGUUUCCAGGCUAUGGUUGCCAAUCUUUAUCCUUGGAUGGUUAUAGCAGAGCUUGGAACUAAUGGAGACUCCUGCAGAGGCUGGGGCCAGAUGGCUGCUUUCCUGAAACUUUUGAAAUUUAGACGCUAGUGAUAUAGCAAAUGAAUCCCCCCAUUCCCAACUCACCUCCCAACAAAUAGUUAUGACUUCUAAGCCUGAGUAUACAAAAAAAAAAUUGUACUGAUUUUGAGAAGAUCUCAAUUUGGACUGUGCAAGGAAAUAUCAUCCCUCUGAGCUUCCUCAGUAUAAUGGAGGCAGCAGUAGGAACUGAGCCCCACAGCCUCCAAUCCAGCUAUGACCAUGGGGGGCCUAGGAGUCACCCCUUUCUCCCUGGUACAGGUGGCUGUUCCCGGACCACCUGUCCUCCCCUGAGCCCUGGGAAGGGGGCCUGCACAGCCAGCUUGGAGUCCAUGAAGCCGCUGUACAUAAUGGCCCUGGGUCUGCUGGUCAAGUACCCAGACUCCGCACUGGGCCAGCUCCGCAUCGAGAGCACACUGGAUGGAAGCCGGCUGUACAUCACAGGAAAUGGUGUCCUCUUUCAGCACGUCAAGAAUUGGCUGGGGACUUGCCGGCUGCCCCUGACUGAGACCAUUUCUGAGGUGUACGAGCUUUGUGCCUUCCUGGACAAGAGGGACAUCACCUAUGAGCCAAUGAAAGUGGCUUUGAAAACUCAUCUGGAGCCGAGAACUUUGGCACCCAUGGAUGUGCUCAAUGAGUCAACGGCAGAGAUCACUGUGUAUUCCCCAAAACAGAUCAUCAAAGUAUAUGUUGGAAGCCACUGGUAUGCAACCACCCUGCAGACACUGCUGAAGUAUCCAGAACUGCUGUCCAACCCUCAGAGGGUAUACUGGAUCACAUAUGGACAAACUCUGCUCAUCCACGGGGACGGCCAGAUGUUCCGACACAUUCUCAACUUUCUGAGACUUGGCAAACUAUUUUUACCAUCUGAAUUUAAGGAAUGGCCCCUUUUCUGCCAGGAGGUGGAGGAAUACCACAUUCCAUCCCUCUCAGAAGCCCUUGCACAAUGUGAAGCAUACAAGUCAUGGACUCAGGAGAAAGAAUCUGAAAAUGAAGAAGCUUUUCCCAUCAGGAGGCUGCACGUGGUGACAGAAGGGCCAGGGUCACUGGUGGAAUUCAGUAGAGACACUAAAGAAACCACAGCCUACAUGCCUGUGGACUUCCAAGACUGCAGUGAUAGGACUCCAUGGAACAAGGCUAAGGGAAACCUGGCCAGGUCCAACCAGAUGGAGGAGGCUGAGCAGUACACCCGGCCCAUCCAGGUGUCCCUAUGCCGAAAUGCCAAGAGGGCAGGCAACCCCAGCACAUACUCACACUGUCCUGGCUUGUAUACCAAUCCCGGACACUGGGGGAGACACCCUGAGAGCCCCACCAAGAAGAAAUGCACCAUAAUCAACCUCACACAGAAAUCUGAAACCAAAGACCCUCCCGCUACUCCCAUGCAAAAACUCAUCUCCCUGGUGAGAGAAUGGGACAUGGUCAAUUGCAAACAGUGGGAAUUCCAGCCACUGACAGCCUCCCGGAGCAGCCCCUUGGAGGAAGCCACCCUGCAGCUCCCCUUGGGAAGCAAGGCUACCUCCCAGCCCAGCACCUCAGCUGCCUGGAAAGCCCAUUCCACAGCCUCAGAGAGGGAUCCAGGACCACAGGCAGGGGCUGGAGCUGGAACAAAAGACAAGAGGCCAGAGCCAAUCUUUAAGCCAUACUUCCCCCCAAAAAGAGCUGGUACCCUGAAGGACUGGAGCAAGCAGAGGCCCAAGGAGAGAGAAAGCCCUGCCCCUGAGCAUCCUCUGACUGAUGCUAGUGAGAUAGACAGCCCAGGGGUCAUCCUCAAAGUGACUCACCCCCCAGUGGUGGGCAGCGAUGGCUUCUGCAUGUUCUUCGAGGACAGCAUCAUCUACACCACGCAGGUGGACAACCUCAGGCACACACCACCCACAGCCAGCCCCCAGCCCCAAGAAGUGACUUUCCUGAGUUUCUCUCUGUCCUGGGAAGAGAUGUUUUAUGCGCAGAAAUGUCACUGUUUCCUGGCUGACAUCAUCCUGGAUUCCAUCAGGCAAAAGGACCCCAAAGCCAUCACAGCCAAGGUGGUCUCCCUGGCCAACCGGCUGUGGACCCUGCACAUCAGCCCCAAGCAGUUUGUGGUGGAUUUGCUGGCCAUCACUGGCUUCAAGGACGACCGGCACACCCAGGAGCGUCUGUACAGCUGGGUGGAGCUUACACUGCCCUUCGCCAGGAAAUACGGCCGCUGCAUGGACCUGCUCAUCCAGAGGGGCCUGUCUAGGUCUGUGUCGUAUUCCAUCCUGGGAAAGUACCUACAAGAGGACUAGGGUGCCCAGAGAUGCAGGCCCUCAUGCCCCACCCGCCAAGGCUCAUUUUAACUGGACAUUGCCCCAGAAUGCAUGUGCCCACCAAAGGGUACAUAUUAGUCUACUUUUUAUUAUAAAGAAAUAAAAGAGUAAAUCACA